AUGUUUAUAUUAGUUACCAUACAAAUUCUCAAGAGCAAACGUUCGGCUUCCACCAGAGGAAACAGAGUCAUGUACGUGAAAAAUCUCCCCAAAAUCACAGGGGAAGAGAUGUCUCCCCUACAAAAUCACAGGGGAAGAGAUAUACGACUAGGCAAUACCCUAGAGACGGGCUCAGCAACUUUUGUUGUGUUUGAAGACAUAUUUGACGUUAAGAAUGCCUGCGAGCACUUGUUUGGUUUCAUCGUCUGCAAUCCCUACCUUGUUAAAACCAACACCGACAAGAAGAAACAAAAACUUGAUCAGAUAAAGAGUAAAUAUGAAUUGUCCACUCCUGACAAUCUUAAAAAAAGAAAAUGA